AUGCCUGUCCCCAUCGCCGCCGCAGCGGCCGCCGUAGCCGGGGCCGCCAGCGCCGCCGCGUACCUCAACGCCAAAUACCACAUCGCGCACGACCUGCGUGGCGAGCUGCAGAUGCCCAUGGCCAUCGUGUACGCGCUGAUCCGGGCGCGCAAGAAGCGGCUGCUCAACUACCACGUCCUCGAGGAGCAGGCAGCACGGCAGCCCGACCACCCCUUCCUGAUCUUCGACGCCGCCAGCGGGCCCGACCGGCGCGAGUGGACCUACGCGCAGUUCCUGCGCGACGUGCGGCGGGCGGCGGCCUGGCUGAAGGACGACCUGGGCGUCGCCGUCAAGGAGAUUGUCGCGCUCGACGGCCAGAAUAGCCCGGAGUAUAUGAUCUUGUGGUUUGCGCUCGAUGCUAUCGGCGCCGUGCCGAGCUUCAUCAACAGCAAUUUGACCAGCAAGGCGCUGGUGCACUGCGUGACGCUUUGCGAAUGCCGGUAUCUGCUGUGCGACGCCGAGACGAAGCCAUUGGUUGAGCCGCAUGAGGCUGAACUCAAAACUUCCGGAGUCCGCACCAUCUACUACUCCCCCGACCUCACCACCACCUUCCUGCCCCCCACCGACCCCUCCAACCCGACGGGCCCCCUCAUCCCACCCUCCCACACCGCCUCCCUCCUCCCCUCCGACCUCCGCGCCCUCAUCUACACCUCCGGCACAACCGGCCUCCCCAAAGCGACCCAAAUCUCGACCCUCCGCGACCUCAUCGUCGGCCACGCCGUCUCGCGCAACCUGCGUCUCGGCCCCCACAGCCGCAUGUACACGUGCAUGCCGCUGUACCACGUCGCGGCGCACGCGCUGUGCACGCUCGCCCUCCUCCACGCGGGCGGCACCGUCGUGCUCGGCCGCCGCUUCUCGCACGCCCGCUUCUGGCCCGAGGUGCGCGCCGCGCGCGCGACGGCGAUACAGUACGUCGGCGAGCUGUGUCGGUAUCUGAUGAACGCGCCGGCGUCGCCGCUGGAUAGGGAGCAUGAGGUCAGCAUGGCCUGGGGCAACGGGAUGCGGCCGGAUAUAUGGGAGGCGUUUCGGGAGCGGUUCGGGGUCGAGACGAUUGCGGAGUUGUACGGGGCGACGGAUGGGAUGGCGGGGAUGACGAAUUUGAAUAAGGGCGAGUUUACGCGGAAUGCGUUGGCGUUGAGGGGCGCGCUGUGGCGGGUCAGGAAUAGGGGGAAGGUGGCGAUUGUGCGGGUGGAUGCGGAGGGGGAGGUGGUGAGGGGGGAGAGGGAUGGGUGGGCGGUUAGGUGUGGGGUGGGGGAGCCGGGCGAGAUGCUGCAGAGGAUGGAUCGGAGGCAGCCGAAUGAUGGGUUUGCGGGGUAUUAUAGGAAUCCGGGCGCGGGGGAUAAGAGGAAGUUGGGGGAUGUGUUUGAGAAGGGGGAUCUCUGGUUCCGCUCCGGCGACAUGAUCCGCCUCGACGCCGAAGGCCGCCUCUUCUUCGUCGACCGCCUCGGCGACACCUUCCGCUGGAAAGCCGAAAACGUCUCCACCAACGAAGUGUCCGACGUCGUCGGCGCCUUCGCGCAGGUGGCCGAGGCCAACGUGUACGGCGUGAGCGUCCCGCACGCCGACGGCCGAUGCGGCGCCGCCGCCAUCACCUUCGCCGACGGCGUGGCUUCUGAAGAAACUUUUGACUUCAAGGGCCUGGCCGAGCACGCCGUCCGCUCGCUGCCGCGCUACGCCGUGCCCAUCUUCGUAAGGGUCACUCCGCGGAUGGAUUAUACGGGGACGCUGAAGAUGCAGAAGGGGAGGUUGAAGGAGGAGGGGAUGGAUGUGGCCAAGGUUGAGGCGGCGGGCGAUCGGUUGUAUUGGCUGCCGCCCGGUGGGGAUCGGUAUGUAAGGUUCAAGGAGGAGGAUUACGCGCGGAUUAAGAACGGGGAGGUGAAGCUGUGA